UAUUCAUUCCUCAUUCUCUCUCUGACUCACGCUGAUGCUCAAUGAUGGCGGACAGUGCGAGUGAGAGCGACACGGACGGAGCCACCCCUCAGUGCUCCUCAUCCUCGUCCUCCUCCAUCCUCAUCUCCUCGUUCCGUCUCGAGGAGCUGACGAACCGCCUGGCAUCUUUACAGCAAGAGAAUAAAGUGCUGAAGAUCGAGCUCGAGACGUUUAAGCUGAAGUGUAAAGCUCUGCAGGAGGAGAAUAGAGACUUGCGCAAAGCCAGUGUCACCAUACAAGCGAGAGCAGAGCAAGAAGAAGAGUUCAUCAGUAACACCCUGUUCAAGAAGAUUCAGGCACUGCAGAAAGAGAAAGAAACUCUAGCAGUCAACUAUGAAAAGGAAGAGGAGUUCCUCACCAAUGAGCUCUCUCGAAAACUUAUGCAAUUACAACAUGAGAAGGCUGAACUGGAGCAGCACUUAGAACAGGAGCAGGAGUUUCAAGUCAACAAACUGAUGAAGAAGAUCAAAAAGCUGGAGAACGACACAAUCUCCAAACAGCUCACCUUAGAACAGCUUAGUCGUGAAAAGAUCGAUUUGGAAAACACUUUAGAGCAAGAACAAGAAGCCCUAGUGAAUCGGCUGUGGAAACGCAUGGACAAACUGGAAGCAGAAAAAAGGAUUCUUCAGGAGAAGCUUGACCAGCCCGUCUCUGCUCCGCCUUCCCCGAGAGACAUCUCCAUGGAGAUUGACUCGCCUGAGAAUAUGAUGCGACACAUCAGAUUCCUUAAGAGUGAGGUGGAGCGGCUGAAGAAGAACCUCCGCACUGCAGAUAUACAGCAUACUGAGAAGAGGGCUCAGUACAUAGAAGAAGAGCGCCACAUGCGGGAGGAGAACAUCCGCCUGCAGAGGAAGCUCCAGAGGGAGGUGGAGCACAGGGAGGCCCUGUGCCGGCAGCUCUCUGAGAGCGAGUCCAGCUUGGAGAUGGAUGAUGAGAGGUACUUCAAUGAGAUGUCCGCUCAAGGCCUACGUCCCCGUACCGUAUCCAGCCCCAUUCCCUACAGCCCAUCCCCAUCCUCCAGCAGACCUAUCUCACCAGGGUUGUCAUAUGCGAGUCACACAGUGGGCUUCACCCCGCCAAGUACACUGACCAGAGCAGGCAUGUCCUACUACAACACACCCGGCCUACAUGUCCACGUAGGAGCCUCACACAGCAUUGCAAGACCCACCCCAAGAAGAAGCAACAGUCCAGACAAAUUCAAGCGGCCCACACCCCCUCCUUCCCCCAACACGCAGCCUGGCGUCCAUCCCCCGCCUCCCCCUCCACCCUCCGUGCAUCCGACAUCAUCCCAGGCAACUCCACUGCAGCCGCAGCAGUCCUUGCAGCCAUAGAUCAGGGACUUGAAACAGAGCUGCUUCAUUGUAACAUCCCUCAAGCCAAAGGCUUAACAGUCCUCAAUGUCUUCAUUCUCUCGCUCUGAAACCAUUCAUCUGUGUUGUGCUCAUAGUUCUGUGUUUGGAAGGGUUUUUUGUGUCCACUAAAGAUGGUGUGUGAGGUGAAGGCAUUUCCAGCUCAGAGGGAAUGAACAUCUCUUCAGUGUAUUAGCAAGUACUUACUGCUUUGGCAUCAGUGUGUGUCAAGCCAUCUACACCCAUAGUGAUCUCUUAGAAAUUGCUUGGUCAUAGACCGACAAAAAAUACUAGGAAAUUAUGUGGUCAUAUAUUUUUCAUAGUUGAAUAUUUUUCCAGUGUUCAGACACUUUAAAAGUGUCAUCCAGUGUGGACCAGCCAGACAUUACAGAGAGCCACAGGUGUGCUUCUGUACUCCAGACAGAAUCGUGGUCAAAGCAGCAAAUGGCCUAAUAAGGAUAAAUCUGCGACCCAAUAUCACUUGAAUUAUUGGUUAAUAAUUCAUAGGAUAGUGUCUCAGAAAGGGAUAAAAAAAAAAAUCGCAAGAAAUAUGCUUUCGGUAGUUUCUUCAUAAACACAUUUGGAAAGCAAGACAGCAAAAUUCAUUAGUGACAAGUCUCCCAAAGAGGUGUCCAGGUCAAAUUUCUACUAAAAUCUGAAAAAAUAAAUAAAUGAUAAUAAUGUAAAUAUAUAAAAAAAAAAAUUCCUCUCUCACAAAUUUGUGAGGGGAGGGGGGGGGGGGAAUCUUGCAAUAAAUAAAUUAAGUUUUUUUUUGUUUGUUUGUUUUUUUGAGUGAAAUAUGACCUGGACAGUAAGUGACACCCUAGUAAGUGACUUUUUUUUGUUUUUGUUUUUUUGCAGUGUUGCAGUGUUCACAUGAGACAUGCGGUAGAUGACUUGGUGUUUUGUGGCUGCUGCAGAUGCAAUGUGUUGUUGGCAUCUGCCAGACUUUAAUCUUCCUGGUGGGUUCUAAAAGCCUUUUUAUAAUUUAGCAAGACACUUAAGAUAUUAAAUGGCGUAGAUUAGAAAAGACUACUAUGUGUAUGUAUAGAGGGUUUGUCUUGUUUUUUUUUAUUACAAACACACCUGCAGCUCUUUUAUGCUAAACAGUGUCUGGUACCACUGUGAUAUUUUUUUCUUACUUAAGAAUAUACUGACCUAUAAAAAUUAAUUACGAUAAUUGUGAAAGUAAGUGAGUUAAAGUGUGUAAAAAUAGACUUUUGUAUGCUUUGAAAAAAAAACAAAAAAAAAAACUGUUUUUGAGUUCAUCUUAGACCCUCCUGUCAUUGGAGAGCUUUAGUUUUCAGCUAUUUUCAGGAUUCUCUCAGAGAUACCAAAUAAAUCAGAAAUUGAGUAGGUGCAGCUGAACAUGCCGAACAACAGAAAAUAAGGAAGCGCUUCUUAUUUACUGUGAACAGCUAUCAUUUCCUGCAGAUCAAAGUAUACAAAUGAUUCAUUUCCUGGUACUAACCAGCUGGAUUGCAGUUAAAUUGUCUGUGAUAGGUUAGCUGUGGCCAGGUGAACGCUAGGCUGUGUUGUUGAACAAGAUCUCAUAAAAACAUCACUGCUGCAGCAUGACAUCAGAGCUUUUCAGAUUUACUACAGGGUGUCUAUAAAAUCGUUUCUUCUCAUCUUUUAUUUUUUACCAUGUAUUCUUUGAGAGCACAAUUCAUUAGAUUGAGCAGAAGAACCAGGAAUAUAUUUAAUAUUUCACUUUUGUUUACCUUUUUACUGUCAUCAUUGUAAAUACUCAUGGCUUUGUAUAGAAAAAGAUUUCAAUUUUACCAGAGCUACGUUUUGUCCUUUCCAUCUCCACCCAGCUUUUGAGACGAAUGAAUGUAACGUUUGCUCAUUUUACUGCUAUCAUUAACAGAUGGGACACCUUUGAGCCUUAACUCACUGCGGUAUUGCUAAAUGUAAGCAUCGUCUAGCUUUUCCCACAUUAUAUCAAAGCCUUAAUAUGUGGUUGAUGUUGCUCAGUGAUUAGAUUGCUCCAUUUUAAGCAGGUGCAAGAUGUGCAUUGCAUCAUUUGUAAAGCAAGAACAUGCUACAUUAUGUAAUGGUUAUUUUGGUUAUUAAAAUGAUGAUUAUCCUAACUGAAGAUCUCAAAUUGAUGUAAGAACUCGUGACCCUGCACUGUCUUUUCAAGUAUUUCUUUCCUUUAUGAAGCUAAAGCACUUUUUACGUCACUCUGGAUAAAAGCAUCUGCUAAAUGCCUUAAAUAUAAAUGCUUCGACGUGAUUGAAAUGCAUUGCAAAUGUACCACCUUUACACUAUGUCAGUUGUCAACAGAUGAUAUUGUUACACCAACUUCAAUUUCACUGUUUCACCAUGUUAAAAAAGUAAAAGUCAUGUAUUCUUUGAGGAUUUGAGAAAUCUUGUGACGCAUUUGAGAUAUGUUGUGGUAGUACUGUGAGGAAACCUUUCUGGUAGCUUUUGGUCUUGUGAUAUAUAUUUUUUGUUUCCACGAUCUGUUGUACUGAGCUUUAUCUUUGCAGUGCAUUCCCGUUCAAAAAGCCCUUGCUUUGAUACUGUGAGAAAGUUAGCACACCAGCAACAUGAGUGUCUUGCCUUUGGCAGAAUCUCAAGGGCCUGCUUUGAUGAAGAUGGAUGACUUAAAAUGUGCAUUUUUCAGUUUUAUGUUUAUUUGUAUGAUCACAAAACGGAUAGUAAAGAGCUGGAAACUG